CGUCUCCGAGGGCUUCGAGCGAAGUGGUCAACCCCUCGCUAAUUCCCACUCCAGCAUCGGCAACAGGAAACCACCCACACGCACCUGGCACUUAUCAGUCACUCGCACAGCUAUGUCAUCAGCAACAGCCUCCGCCACCAGCUUCCUCGACUUUGUCAAUGCCUCCCCCUCGCCCUUCCACGCCGUUGAAACCGCCACCUCCCAACUAAAGGCCGCCGGGUUCGUCGAGAUCCACGAACGCGAUGCCUGGGCCGGUAAACUGCAGAAAGGCGGGAAAUACUUCUUCACGCGCAACAGGAGCUGCAUUGCCGCUUUUGCCGUCGGUAGUGGUGGCGGCAGCCAUGUAGGCUUCUCGGUCCUGGGCGCGCACACCGACUCACCCUGCUUGAAGGUGAAACCGCACUCGAAGAAGGAGAAGGCGGGCUACACGCAGGUGGGCGUGCAGACGUAUGGGGGCGGGUUGUGGCAUACGUGGUUUGACCGUGACUUGGGGCUUGCGGGACGAGUGGUGGUUACGGGGACGGAGGGAAAGUUGGAGCAUCGGUUGGUGAGGAUUGAUCGACCGAUUUUGAGGGUGCCGACGUUGGCUAUUCAUCUGGACAGGGGGGUGAAUGAUGCGUUCAAGUUCAAUAACGAGGUGCAGUUGACGCCUAUCUUGGCUGCGGCGGCUACCAAGGCCCUGAACGGCGACGCGGAAGCGAAAAGCACCACCACUACAGCGGCCCCCAACGCAGAGCAGCACUCCCCCUUACUGCUCAAACUCCUCGCCGAAGAACUCAAAAUCGACGCUGCCCAAAUCGGCGAUUUCGAACUCUGUCUCUAUGACACCCAACCCUCCGUCAUCGGCGGCGCUCAAAACGAGUACAUCUUCUCCGCCCGCCUCGACAACCUCAUGAUGUCCUACUGCUCCCUCACCGCUCUCAUUAACAGCUCCACAAAGGAGUCGCUGGCCAAGGACGCCAACAUCCGCGUCGUCGUGCUGUUCGACAACGAGGAGGUCGGGUCUGUCUCCGCCCAUGGCGCCGGCUCCAACCUGCUGGAAGUCACCCUCCGCCGUCUUGCAUCUGAGUUCGCAGCCGAGGGGAGCAGCGAAACGGCGGCGUUUGAACGCGCCAUCCCGCGCUCCCUCCUCAUCUCUGCCGACAUGGCCCACGCGAUCCACCCCAACUACGCCGAGAAGCAUGAGGACAACCACCGCCCGCAGAUGAACAAGGGCGUUGUCAUCAAGCAUAACGCGAACCAGCGAUACGCGACUACCGCUGUGACAACCGCUCUUGUGCGACGUGUGGCGGAGAGGAGGGGCGUGCCGUUACAGGAGUUUGUGGUGAGGAAUGAUUCCCCAUGUGGAAGUACUAUUGGACCGAUGUUGAGUGCGCAGUUGGGGUUGAGGACUAUUGACGUCGGUAACCCACAACUAAGCAUGCACUCCAUCCGCGAAACCUGCGGUGUUGAGGACGUCAAGUACGCCAUUGAUUUGUUCGAGUCAUUCUUCCACGACUUUGCCGAAAUCGAGGCACAGCUUACCGUCGACUAGGCACAUAAAUAUGCGUCCCCCCCGCACUCCCAUACCCAGCUUCGGGCAAAACUGAAACAUAGAAAGCCCCCCCCCCCCCC